AUGGAUGCCUCGCGCCGUCGCAUUACGAAGGAGACGACCACAGACGAAUGUCGUGUAGAGAUUGUUUCGUCGGGAGAAUCGGUUUCCGUGAUGGAGGCAGGAUCGGUGACGAAUCGUCGCGUUUCCCCCGGUCAAAUCACGGUGGACGUUCGCUACUCGACUACUUUGCCGUCCGAAGAUGGCGAGCCAUCCCUCGUGUGCCUUGGAGCAGCCCAGGGAACCAAGAAAACGGCGCUUGUCCUGUCCACAAGGAACUGUUCCAGCGUCGAUGUCGCGUCGGAGGACGUGUUGGUCGUCGAACCGCCCUCGACGGCGGACGAGGCAGCCGCGACCUUGCAAGCGGUCGCCAGUCACCUGAUUGCACGCGCUCUGCGGUCGUGCCUUCCCCCGACCGGUGCAGUCGUGGUCUACGAGCCCCCGGAGACGCUGGCCGCGGCCAUUGCGAGCAGCAGGCACUGGGAGGGCCGGAAUGUCUUCUUCGCGACGUCCAGGACAUCCGACACUCCAAGCAGCUGGAUCGCGAUUGCCCCCUACGCCACAGACCGGGCCAUCAGGCAGGAUCUGCCUCCUGACACGAAGUGUGUGAUCGACUUUUCGGCUCCAGGAGCCCGCAGUAUCAAGUCAUGCGUGGCUCCCAACUGCAUCUUUACCACUUUCAAGGCCUGUUGGACCGAAGACCUCAAAAACGGCUGGACCCGCCAUGAUCUCCUGGCAGAUUCUUACGCAGCAGCAACGGCAAGCACUGAUAAGCCCGGUAUUGCUAGUCUGGGGAGCGUGCGACCGGUGCAAGAUCUGCAAGAGACCUCUGUCUCAGCCAUAUUGUAUCCAGCGGUGGUCGACUGGACUCAGAAUCGUCCGCUGACCGUCGCAAUCAAACCUCUUGACCCCUCCAGGCUUUUCUCUCCAGACAAGACUUAUUUCAUGGUUGGCACCACAGAGGAGCUCGGCCUGUCCAUAUGCGGGUGGAUGGUCACCAACGGAGCGCGCUACCUGGUCAUCACGAGUCGUCGCGGCCAGGUCAACCCUGCCUGGCUGGAGGCCAUGCGACGUCAAGGCGCAAUCAUCAAAGUGCUGAAGAUGGACGUCACAGAUAAGACUUCAAUCAACUCAGUCUACCAGCAUGUCAAGGAGACCAUGCCUCCCAUUGCGGGUGUCUGCAAUGCUGCCAUGGUCCUUUCAGACAAGCCCAAGGUGGAAGGAUCGAGGCAUCUAGACGCUUUAUUUUCUGAUGACUCGCUCGACUUUUUUAUUUUGUUCUCUUCCAUCGCUAGCAUCGUGGGUAAUGCUGGCCAGACCAACUACCACGCUGCAAACAUGUUUAUGACCAGUUUGGUUCAUAAUCGCAGGGCCCGAGGACUGGCAGGGUCUGUUAUCCAUAUUGGAAUGGUUGUCGAUGUUGGAUAUAUUGCUCGAGCUGGCCGUCGCAUAGAGGAGCACUUGAAGAACAUGUUGUAUACUCCACUUUCCGAGGCUGAUGUGCAUCACUUGGUAGGCGAGGCGAUCCUCUCGAGCCGUCCGGGCUUACAAGACAGUCAACCGGAAAUUAUUACAGGAAUUGUGCCAUUCCUGGACUCUGCCGAUGCGCCACACAGGCCACCCUGGUAUUCCGACCCGCGUUUCUCACACCUUAUUCUGAAGGAGGAAAACAAGCCGGAAGAGCAACAACAGGGUGGCCCGGCCGUACACAUCCGCAAGAGACUGGAGGAGACAUGUUCAGGGGUCGAGGCACAGGAGAUUCUCCAGGAGGCGUUUUCAUUGAAAUUGGAAUCCAUGAUGCAGCUGGCUCCUAACAGUGUUAACGCGAACGUCUCUCCCCUGGAACUGGGCUGUGAUUCACUCCUCGCAGUUGAAAUCAGAAAUUGGUUCCUCAAGGAGAUCCACGUGGAUAUCCCUGUCCUCAGAGUUCUAGGUGGAGAGACAGUCGCCUCCCUUUGCAACGACGCGGUGAAGCAAUUCCUCAAGUCGAGGCCGGACUGUCCCUCGGAUUCUCCCCCAGCGGAGGUGGAUGGAGUCGACAACAAAGAGAAUAACAACAGCUGUGAAGGUACUAUGACCAUCUCCCAGGUUGGUCUUGAAUCGGGAAAAGAUAGUAGCACCUCUCAGCAACAGGAGCCGUGGUCUGAGACCAGCAGUUUCGACGAAAUCACCGCUCCGUCUCCAUCGAAUGAGAGUGCCUCUGUCUCUAGCAUCGAUACGACAAACUCGCACCAGACGAGUUUCAAGGAGCUGCCACUAGGAGUUGGAUCGUCGGAGGAUGUGGACCCCAAUCGCGUGGAAAAGAUGUCCUUUGCCCAGUCCCGCCUCUGGUUUCUAGCUAAAUAUCUCGAAGAUCCCCGAGCGUACAACAUUACCGCUGGGUAUAAUCUAUCUGGAAAGCUGGAUGUUGCCCGAUUUCAGAUCGCGUUAUCAAUGGUCCUUUCCCGUCACCAGUCUUUGCAGACACGGUUCUUUGCCAAUCCAGACAACGGAGAGCUUAUGCAAGAGAUAUUGAAAUCGACCCCUGCUACCAUGAAAUAUAUUCAGUCUGCCAAUCCACGGGAUGUUGAGUACGAGUUCGAACUCCUCAAGAGUCACUUUUUCGAUCUCGAGCAGGGCCGGACCUUCAAGGUGACACUUAUCUCUCGCGCACCUGAUUUCCAUACGGUCAUCUUUGGCUAUCACCAUAUUGCCAUCGAUGGCGUCAGCUGGUAUUAUUUUCUUCGUGAUCUGAAGCUGGCAUAUGAGAUGCAGCCCAUGAAGCCGGCUCCAAAGCAGUACGUCGACUUCGCUGUGGAGCAGCGGUGUGCGGCGGAACGCGGUGACUUUGAUAAACAGAUUGAAUUCUGGAACCAUCAACUCACGCCCCUGCCAGGGGUGAUGCCUCUUCUCCCAAUAGCUCGGGUGCGAGGACGGAAACCAAUGAAGAGGUAUGAAAAUAACAUGGUUACCAGGGAGAUUGGGCGUGAUCUGGUCACCAAAAUCAAAAAUGCAAGCCGGGUACUUCGUGUCACACCGUUCCAUUUCUAUCUGAGCGUCAUGCAGGUUCUUGUCGCCAGAUUCAUUGAUAUUGAAGACCUUUGCAUUGGUGUUGCAGAUGCGAAUCGAACAGACGAGAGCAUUGCUGAGACAGUUGGUUUCUUUCUCAACCUGCUCCCUGUCCGAUUCCGAAUCAACAGGCACGGUCAAUUCUCGCAAUUAGCCCAGCAGACGUCGAAGAAUGUACUCGAAGCGCUGCAAAGAUCAAAUAUCCCCAUCGAUCUUAUCUUAGAGAAGCUUGGAGUCCCUCGUUCCUCAACCCAUAGCCCACUGUUCCAGGUUGUCGCCAACUAUCGUGUCUCCGAUUACUGGAGUACGGAGCUCGGCGAAUGUCAGAUGGAAUAUUGUUUACUGGACGAGGCGAAGAAUCCAUACGACCUGUGCUUUGCUAUCACACAUUCGUCCACUGGGGGUGGACUCUUGCAGAUCAUGUCUCAGACCUAUCUCUAUAGCAUCGAUGCGACCGAGCUGCUGAUGGACAGCUACAUCUAUCUGCUUGAGAAACUGUCCUCAAACCCGUCAAUGCGAAUCCAGGAGUGUCCUUUUUUUGAUUCCCGUGAGGUUCAGCAUGCCAUCAGCCUGGGAACAGGACCCCGGGUCAAAUACGAGUGGCCAGACACUCUCUCCGCAAAGCUUGAUUCGGUGUGUGAAGCGAGUGGUGAUAGCAUUGCCAUCAGGGAUCGCGAUGGAGAAGUCACGUAUGGAGAACUAGUUGAGCUAGUUAACUGCAUUGCGUCUGCAAUUCUUGAUUCAGGAUUGUCUCCAGAAUCGCGUAUUGCGGUUCUCUGCCAGCCAUCUGCCGUCUUGAUCGCAGCCAUGUUGGCUAUCCUGCGCACCGGAAAUGUCUACGUGCCGCUAGACCUCAGUCUCCCUCCAGCUAGACACGCUGCCAUUCUCAAUCACUGCAAGCCGUGUUUACUUUUCUGUCAAAACGACACCCUGGAAGCAGCACACGCACUUUCACGUGCUGACAUAAGGGUGAUCAAUGUCUCCGAUCUGUCUACCAGUGCAAGGCGGCAGCAGGAGGUGCCGAAUGUUGCUCAAGCAAAGUCACCAGCUUUCCUGCUUUAUACAAGCGGAUCUACUGGUGUUCCCAAGGGAAUCUUGCUGACCCAAGCUGGGUUUGUCAAUCACUUGGCUUUGAAGACAACAGAGCUGUCUCUAGGCAAAGAAGUCGUCAUGCAACAGAGUUCAUUUGGCUUUGAUAUGUCUAUUGUUCAGACAUUCUGUGCACUGGGAAAUGGGGGCACACUCGUCGUCGUUCCCCAAGAGGCCAGAGGGGAUCCUGUUGAGAUUUCCAAACUCAUGCUCAGAGAGAAAGUAACAUUCACCCUUGCAACGCCGUCCGAGUAUCUUAUGUUACUCAGAUAUGGCGGCGAAAGUCUCAGGAAGUGUUCCUCGUCAUGGAGACAUGUGUGUAUGGGUGGAGAGGCUGUCACCGACCAGCUAAUUCGAGAAUUCAAUUCGCUUGAUAAUCCAGAUAUCAUCCUAACGAACUGUUACGGUCCCACAGAGAUCACAGCGGCCACAACCUUUGAACGGAUCUCGUUGUCAUCGGAAGAGGUCCAAGAUUACGUCUCAGUCGGAAAGGCAUUGCCAAACUAUUCCGUUUACAUCCUUGAUGAAAACGCAAAACCUCUUCCUGUCGGCUUUCCGGGAGAGAUCUGCAUUGGUGGUGCGGGCGUCGCUCUCGGCUAUUUGGACCUGCCAGAGCUCACCGAGUCAAAGUUCGUUCGCGAUCCCUUUGCAUCGUCAGAGGAUGUUGCGAGAGGAUGGAACAGAAUGUACAAGACGGGAGAUCAAGGGCGACUGCUGGCAGACGGGUCCUUGGUCUUCAUGGGUCGUAAAGAUGGAGAUAUGCAAAUCAAGCUUCGCGGUUUACGGAUCGAACUACAAGAGAUUGAGAGUGCGAUUCUACAAGUGGCUCCAAACACAAUAUCAGAGGCGAUUGUCUCUGUGCGUGGAGACCCUGAGUUCCUGGUCGCCCAUGUUGUUUUCAAGAACGGGGCUAGCAUGAGGGACAGCGAGUUACAGGCCCUUGCAAAGAAGCUCCCACUACCAAAGUACAUGUGGCCGGCCAUGAUAGUGCCUUUGCAGCAUCUUCCGACAAAUUCGAAUGGCAAAAUCGAUAGGAAAGCGAUCCAAUCGCUAGAGAUACCGAUCAGAAACCAUCAGAGCUCCUCACAGGAAACACUCACUCUGGACGAGGGCCACCUUAGUCUGUUGUGGAAGGACGUGCUUCAACAGACAACAUCGAGUCAGGACCUGGGUCCUGAUACUGACUUCUUCAUGGUUGGCGGUAAUUCCCUUCUUCUGGUCAAGUUGCAAGGAGCAAUCAAAAACAUGCUCGGAGUCGCCAUUUCCCUUACAGAGCUUUAUCAAGCAAGCACCCUUCGUACCAUGAAUGCUCGAAUUCACGCAAAGAAGGAGCAGCAACCGUCCCUGCCGGAAAUCGUCUGGGAUGUCGAAAUAGCUGUGCCAGACUCGAUGCUGUUCGAUCACCAAAGAAAAACAGGGAAACCAAUCAAGAUCAUCAACCGCGAAGUCCUAUUGACUGGCUCGUACUCUUUCCUUGGCGCGGAGAUUUUGAAAUCGUUGAUCAACGACCCAAGUGUCCGGCGAGUUCACUGUGUCGCCGUCCCCACAAAGACUAAGGAAAAUGUGCUUCCUGUAUCCGACAAGAUCGUGAUCUACCAUGGUUCUCUCCAGGAUCCAUCACUUGGUCUUACUCAGACUGAAUAUGCCACCUUACAAGAAUCCAUUGACCUGAUCAUACAUGCCGGCGCAGUCGGACACUGUCUCAACAACUACUCUUCGAUCAAGGUUCCCAACGUCCACUCCACACGUUUCUUAGCUCGUCUUGCUCUUCCGCGGUGCGUCCCGAUUCACUACAUCUCCUCAAACCGCGUUACCCUUUUAUCUGGUCACGCCGCGUUGGCCCCGAUAUCUGUUUCAUCUUAUACCCCUCCAACAGAUGGAUCUCAGGGAUUUACUGCUACCAAAUGGGCCAGCGAGUGCAUAUUGGAAAAGGUCGCUCAAGAAACAAGUCUGGAGGUACACAUCCAUCGUCCUUGCGCUGUUACAGGCGAUAAGGCGCCGAGCGAGGAUGCCCUAAACGCCAUACUGAGGUUUUCGCGGCUCAUGCACGCGGUUCCGCAGUUUGAAAACUUCCAAGGUUACCUUGAUUUCCAUCCUGUUCAAGAGGUAGCCGGUGGGAUUGUAAAGGCAGCUUUAACCAGCCCUGAACGCCGUGGGGAGUUGACCGGCCUCCCGACCAUGCGGUUAUCUCCACCAUCGAUUGCAUCGCUCAUGUUUAUCCACCAUACCAGCGGGGUCAAAGUUCCUGUGCGAGAUCUCGGUCUGCGCAUGAAGCAAAUUUACCAGUGCGAGUUUGAAAAGGUCCCUAUCUCGGAAUGGCUCAAGAGGGCGAGACAAUUUGGACUCGAUGUGGUGAUCUCUAGUUUCUUGGAGGCUAUGAUGGAGAAGAGGGAGACGAUUUCGUUUCCUUAUCUUGGGCAGGGGAUGGACUGA